GCGUGUAUUGUCGUAUAAAAUUUUAACAAAGACACAUCCAUUUAGUUCUCGUACUCCCAAAAUGACUCCAAAACUUUACAUGAAUGAAAUCAGCCCUUCUGUAAGAGCAGUACUUCUUACCGCAAGAUUGUUGGAAGUAACUCUGGAUUUGAAAGAAGUCGACUUGAUGAACAAGGAACAGCUAACCCCCAAUUUCUUAAAGCUUAAUCCACAACAUACGGUGCCAACGUUGGAAGAAAAUGGUUUUGUGAUUUGGGAUAGCCAUGCCAUCAUGGCAUAUUUAGUUGGAAAGUAUGGGAAAAGUGACAACCUGUAUCCAAAAGAUAUUCAAAAGAGGGCCAUUAUUGACCAAAGACUUCAUUUCGAAUCGUCAAUUGUCAGUGGAUUCACCAGGAAUAUUUUGAAUCCAAUGCUUUAUGACAACCAGAAGAUAGAAAUAGAUGAAGCAUCUUUUAACAAGACAUACAGUUUGAUAGAAGACUUCCUCUCGUCGAACGACUGGAUCGCUGGACCUACCAUGACCAUUGCUGAUUUGAGUCUUAUUCCAUCAAUUACUUCUUUAGAUUGUGUAGUACCAAUUGAUUACAGAAAAUACCCUCGCAUUAGGUAUUGGGUAAAGAGAGCAGAAUCAUUGCCUUGUUAUGCUGCUAAUGAAAAUGGACUCAACAAAAUUAAAGGAUUAAUUAGUAGAAAUAAUUAAUUUAUAAUUUGGGUAAGAUUUAAUUUUAACCUUAGUCUUAAGUUUUAACAUUAUCUAAUAAUUACUAAUUAUACAUUAUUUAAGUAGUGUUAAAAUUCACAUGGUAAUAUAAUAUAUGUUUUAAUAUAUUAAUUAGUAUGGUUUAAAAUAUUUCUCUUUAUAAUUCAAGUGUAAUAAUGUAUACAAAAAACUGUCAAAGUAGGAGAAAGGUAAUAUUUUUGUUGAUACAUAUACAUAUGUGAUUGUUAUAUAAUAUUUAGAUUAAAUUAUAUAUUUAGUGACUUUAUAAAUUGUAAGUAAAUUGUCACAAUUUUGUAUGAGAUUAAUAUGACAUGGCAGCUGUUUUUAAUACUUAGGAUAACUAUUUUUAUUUAAAAUAUAAUUGUUAACAAAAUUCAAAUGUUAAAAUUGUUAAAAGUGUAAGAUAAUAAAUAGAGGUGACAUAUAUAAUAAAAUAAAAACAAUUUAGAUGA